CAGAACACAGUUGCGAAUAAAAAAUUGUCGUAUUGCUUAUGGUAUCAAGAGCAGUCGUGAUUUGUGAUGUGAAUGUGAUUUACAUUACGAUUUUGCGAAUUUUUAUCUUGUGAAUAUAGUAAUAGUGGAAUUUUGUUGUGCAUUGUAAUGUCGUGACAGUGAAAUAAAAUGCAGUUCUACAAAGAGAGAAUACUCAAUGCUGCCCAGUUAAAAAGACUAAGUGAACACAAAUAUUCUUGUACGAGUGCCAGUAUAUUGGAUGCAUGGCUCCAGCCGUGGUGGUGCUGGCUAGUAUCUAAAACGCCGCUAUGGCUUGCGCCGAAUCUCAUCACAAUAUUAGGUUUAAUAGUAAAUGUAGUCACCACACUUAUACUAGUUUGGUUCAGUCCCGAUGCGAGGCAGGAUCCUCCGCGGUGGGCGUGCGCACUAUGCGCGCUAGGAGUCUUCAUCUAUCAGAGCCUGGACGCUAUCGAUGGCAAGCAGGCACGACGCACAGGCAGCCAGUCACCGCUGGGCGAGCUCUUUGACCACGGCUGUGACAGCAUAUCCACCGUGUUUAUAGCGCUGGGCGCCUGCAUAGCUGUCAAACUAGGAGAGUACCCUACAUGGAUGUUCUUCCAGUGUUUCUGCGCGAUGACUCUGUUCUACUGCGCUCACUGGCAGGCGUACGUGACUGGCACGCUCAAGAUGGGCCGGAUAGACGUCACGGAGGCUCAGUACUCCAUAAUCGCCAUCCACCUCGUGUCCGCCAUACUUGGCCCCAGCUUCUGGGCCACUCAGAUCCCCCCGCUGGGCGUGCCGCUGAGCCUGCAGGUUACCUCGAUGUGCUUCGCCGCACAGUUUUACUUUGCCACCAACUUUUUUUCUACAUUCCGAGUUAGGGGAUGUGGCAAAAACGGAUCGACCGUCGCCGGCACCAGUAUCCUGUCGCCGGUGAUCCCGUUCUCGCUGGUGGUGGUGCCGGCGUUCAUCAUCUUCCAGAAGAGUGAGUCCAACGUGUACCAGCACCACCCGUCUCUCUACAUCAUGGCCUUCGGUAUGGUCGCCGCGAAGGUCACCAACAGGCUUGUGGUGGCUCACAUGACAAAGAGUGAGAUGGACUACUACGAUUGGUCGCUGCUGGGCCCCGCCAUGUUAUUCCUCAACCAGUACUUCAACCACGCGCUGCCAGAGUACUACGUGCUGUGGCUAUGCACGAUCUGGGUGUGCGUGGACCUGAUGAGAUACUGCGGCCAGAUCUGCCUGGAGAUCUGCGGGCACCUCCGCAUCCAGUUGUUCCGCAUCACGUCCCCGCCGGCGGGCGCCGCCAACGGUACGCGCCGCCCCAAGCGGCAGCACUCGCAGCACGCGCACCACGCCUAGCCCUCACACUCCUCGCCUCGACCGGGCCCCGCCGCCCCGCCACCGGGCCCCGGCUCCCCUCGGCCGGGCCCCGUCUCCCCUCGAGCGGGCCCUAGCGCUAAUUCCCCUCGUGCGGGCCUCUGUUUUCUUUCUUACAUAAAGUUGGCUCUGGACGCUGCUGUAACCUUCUCUAGUAAGGUCAAAUUAAGUUAUUUUAUUUGUAGAUAAAUCAAGACUCGACGCUAACGUCCCUGUCUCCGGGCAGCAAUCAAUGUUGUAUAAAAUACAAUGUUUCCGUAUCGUGCAGUGAACUUUCGUUUUAAAAAUUUCGUUGUACAAUGGCGGCAGCGUUCAAAGCAAACUAUGUUUUACUGUUUUGUUGUUAGUGAUGGCUCGGUUUGUAUGUUAUUGGUUAAGGAUGCGGUGUUCCGACACCGUCACUGUUACAAGUCUACUCAGUACACACUACAGACGUCCAAUUGUCUCUAUACUGAAGCAAUACGUGUACUCGACAUAGGAAUACAAUCAUAAGUGACAUGUUGACAAACGGUAUUACUUGUGUGACAAGCUAGCGUCCAAUAAGAACGUUGUAACUUAUAACGUAGGAUACAAGAUGGCGGCGGCCGCGACCGCUCGCUCUCGAAUAAAAUCAAUUGCUCUUCAUUAGUGUUGGUAGGUGUAAUACUUGUACUUCCUUCUCCAAAGCUAUUGUAGUAUUGAUUCUACCUGUAGUGCAUCUACGUGUUAGAUAAGUCCGACAUAAUUUUGAUGUCGACAAAAUAUGCUUAGGGUAUAAGGUAAAUGAAAACAACAGUUGUGCAAGACGAACCAAUAGUAAUAAAUCUACAUAAUAAUAUUUAAAGAAAUAAUAUCUUACGUUUAUUAAAGCUAGCAAAGAGUUUUAGGGUCAAUCUAUACUAGCGCAGAGUCGAAGCGUAUUGAAUUGUCGUGUGAAAACCGAACAUACCAAAUUCAAUUUUAACUUCUCAUCAUAACGCACACAUUACUUCUGAGCUCUGAAUUAAGCCAAGGAUACAUACGAGGAGAAAUGUCCUGCGACUCGUGUCGCCAGCGACGUCAGGUGAAGUAGGUUGAUGCUGCCGGACUUCGGUCGACAUCUCUGGCAACUACACGUCACUGUGGACAUAGGUUGCGCGUUGCGACAUCGGCCGGCUUCGCUCGAUAUGUCACCGUUACACGUCUUAGGAAAUUUGUACCUAAAUGUAUUCUUGGCUUUAGAGUUGUUUGCUCACAGACGCGCGACUUUUAAAAUCUCAGAAGUUAUGUGUGCGUUACGCUGUGGAUUUAAGGUUGAAUUUGUUAUGUUCAGCAUUUCGAUGCACUUCGUUCUGCACUAGUAUAAUUUGCCGUUCAUUUAGACAGUUUUCGCAUCUAUUCGAUGUUUAUAGUAAGGGAAGAGUAACAUUGUACCUGUCUGUUAGCGUGUGUCUCUCGGGACGGGGGUAGGCAGUGCAUGUCUAAUGUACUAACACAUGGUAGACGAUGGUGCUGGGUCAUUAACAGUAAUAAUACGACUUGGUGAUGGGGCGAGAAUUCAUUAUAUCCACUUUGAAAAUGCUAUAGACG